AUGGCCGACUCUCUCAGAUUAGAAGAAGCCAAUCCUCUGCUUGAGUCCGAAAGUGACUCUCGCAGCAGCUUAGAAUACUUACAGGAAGCGACCGAGUUUGACCAAAAUGGAGACCCGGAAAAUCCCCUGGAGUGGCCAACCUCAUACAAAUGGGGAAUUGUGGCUCUAUUAUCUCUCAUGGGCUUCACAGUAACAUUCACAUGCAUUUCAAUAACCCCAAUAGCAGGGUAUAUCAUUGACGAUUUAAAUGGCAGCCUAGGGUCUCCAGGAUCAAAAUCAGCCAGCGUUGCUCUCGUGACAAUAUGGGAGCUGGGCGAAGCAGUAGGGCCUUUUUUCAUCGCUCCCCUGUCUGAGAUGUUUGGACGUUAUCGCUUGUAUAUCAUCAUGAACACGAUGUUCACUAUGGCCACCGUUUUUGCGGCUCUAGCGCCAAGUACAGGAUUGCUCAUCGCCUCACGCGCUCUGAUGGGCAUCUCGGUGGCAUGCAACGUGCUCAAUCCUGCCAUCAUUGGCGACAUGUUUGUAUCCGAGCAAAGAGGCACUGCCAUUACUUUCAUCAUGUUCAUCCCCUUAGCUGGCGGUACCAUCGGCCCGGUCCUGAGCGGUGCCAUCUUACAGACAUUUGGCUGGCGCACUAUCAUUUGGAUUGGCGUGGCAAUGGCAAUUAUCUGCCAGAUGUUGUUUUUGGCUUUCUUCAAGGAGACAUACAAGGUUCAGAUUCUCGGUCGAAGGAGUGCUAGACUCUUUCAGGAACUUGGAGCAUGCGAGAAGGACAAAGAUCCCAAGAUGGACUGGGCUGGCUUUUGCUGUUCAGCCAUGCGCCCGUUUGUGGUUCUAUUCAGCUCGAGUGUCCUUGGAGCUUUACUGGUGUUUGGUUCAUUCAAUUUCUCAUACUUCUAUGUUGUCACCACCACACUUCCGGAUAUACUGAAGGAUGUAUAUGGACUCUCCCCAACUGCAACAGGAUUUGCAUUUAUCGCAAACGCUAUUGGCACCGUGAUCAGUUUGGCAAUAUCCAAAACCUUGUUGGACAAGAUAUACGUCAAACUACGCUCCUUGAACGGUGGAAAAGAUCUACCUGAAUAUCGCCUACCGCUCAGCAUCAUUGGAGGGUUGAUGCUCCCCCCUGCCAUCAUACUGUAUGGCUGGUGUGCUGAGUACGGGCUGCCUUUGUUUGUUUUCUUAUUUACAGUGACGUGGCUUCGAACAUCCAUCAUGCUAGCAACAUCACCUUUGACAGCGUACGUUGUGGAUGCAUGUGGCGUUUAUUCGGCAUCCGCAAUGGCUGGCUUCAUAUCGGCCCGGUGCUUGACUAGCGCAUUUUUACCUCUUUCAACGUCCCAUUUGACUGGCAGACUAGGCUACAGUGGAGGGUUUUCCGUGCUUGGGGGCCUCAGCCUUGCUUUUGCUUCGAUCCCUGUGUUGAUUUACCGGAACGGUGAACAAUGGAGACAACGGUCUUGGUAUACUUCGAAUGCAUAG